UUAUCAUUUAAUACUAUGAUAUGUUUUUUUUUUUUGUUCAACAUCUUUCGAGGAAAAAUACAAGUAAAAAUAAAGAAAUGCAGAAAGCUGGUGUUGGGCCAUGGCAAUCCCCAUUGCUCACCCACCUUUUAUUCUUUUCUCAAGCCUUUCUUCUCCGUUACUUCUACUAAUACUAUUGUCAUCGCCUUUUUGCUCCGAGAUCUUGAGUGCCCAUUUUCUAAAACGGUCUGUUGGACCCAUUGGAGGAGCCAUUCUCUGGGCUCCUCUGCUUCUGCAAAAUCAAAGAAUCAUCUGCGGAAACAGUCUCUUGGCAAGCCAACUGAGGAUAUUGCUGCAACACGUAUUCAGACUGCAUUCAGGGCUUACGUGGCUAGGAGAACUUUACGUCGUCUGAAAGGGGCAGUAAGACUACAGGUCCUGACCCAAGCAUAUUCUGUUAAGAGGCAAGCUACAACAACAUUAAGCCAUCUUCACACUUGGAGCAACAUACAGUCCCAUAUAAGAGCUCGUAGACUCUGCAUGGUGACAGAAGGCCGACUUAGACAGAAGAAACUAGAGAAUCAGCUAAAACUUGAGGCUAAGCUUCAUGACCUAGAGGUAGAAUGGUGUGGUGGCCCUGAAACGAUGGAGAUAGUUCUUGCAAGGAUACAUCAAAAAGAAGACGCAGCCGUUAAGCGGGAGCGUGCUAUGGCAUAUGCCUUUUCUCAUCAGUGGAGGGCUAACUCCAGUCAGAAUCAUGGUCUGGGUAAUUAUGAACUUGGUAGAACUAAUUGGGGUUGGAGCUGGUUGGAACGGUGGAUUGCUGCUCGCCCAUGGGAAAGCCGUGUCCCUUCCAAGUCUAUUAGCCCAAAGAAAGCCCAGAGUAGGCAGCCUAACAAGGUUGGUAAAAAUGUAAAUUCUCCGACACCGAAAAAAGAUGUUUCAGUCAAACCUCCUGUGACCAAUGGGAAGGGAACCACAAAGGCCCGUAGAUUGUCUUACCCUGUUGUUGAAAAAUCAGCUGCGCAUGAAGGGAGCAUUAAAGCUGAAGAGGCAAACGAUAAGAAAGAACAGUUGAUUUCUUAGUACCAAACCAAUAAUAUGGAAUAGAACUUGUUCUAUUGGAUUUUUCUGAGUAGUUGAAAUGCUGAAAUGUGAGGGAAAGCAAAUUUGUUAUUUAUGUUUCUCAUAUCUGAUUUUGUGCAUAGGGGAGUGGCUUGGAAGAAAAUCUUGUUUUGUCUGCGGUAAUAGAAUAAUUGGAAUGACCUGGAUAUGGAACUGACCUAGUCAUUGUUUCCUCGUCCUUAUAUUUGUUUUUCCUUUGCCCAUGAUGUAUAUAAUGAAAGGAAGACAAUAUAUAUAUAUAUAUAUAUAUAUAUAUAUAUAUUAUUUCAUUUAGAAUGUAGAUAUUUGUUGGCGAUGUUUCAAAGAAUGUUUGCCAAGGCUGUUAUUGCGCCUAAUGUUUGCUAUCCUUCCAUACAUGUUUUUGCCAGUGUGCUGAGAUUGGAUUAAACUGCUGUAAAUAAGAUUGUAAUUUGAGUUUCUUAACAAUUUCUUCAUUUUAACU